GGAAGAGUGUGUGUGUGUGUGUGUGUGUGUGUGUGUGUGUGUGUGUGUGUGUGUGUGUGUGUGUGUGUGUGUGUGUGUGUGUGUGUGUGUGUGUGUGUGUGUGUGUGUGUGUGUGUGUGUGUGUCUGCGCAACAGAACUAAAACUAUCUCGGUCAGGGGAGGGAGGAGGGGCAAAGGAGCUGAGAGGCUGCCAGAGGAUCAAGAGAGGAAACAGAUGCUGCUGGGGUUAGAGUGAAAGGAGGGACGGUCUCAGGGCGUGGUCAAAAAGAGCACGGUAUUGUGAGAGCUGGAGAACAAGGAAGUGAUGGAGAGCGGGUCGCGGUGGACCUCUCUGGCCCCGCCCAUCCCGGCCCUUCCGGGAUGUCUGGGGGCGUGGAGGGACUGGGAGGGGCGAGUGGAGGCGCGAAUCUAAACGUCGGAAGGUACGCCGCCGCCAAACCCGAGAGCUCCGCGCGGAGGCCGGCGGGUAGGACGCGGCUCGGGGCCGGGGCCGGGGGUACUGGCAGCGGGGCCGCGGGGACGAGGCCAGGGGCUCUGUGGCUGGGCAGACCUCGGGGCGCUUCUGCUGGGAGGGCCGCUGACCACGUGCUAGAGGGGGAGCGGGUGGGGGUGGGGAGCGGCUUCUGGGCGCUUUCCUGGCAGAUGGUGAUGUGAGGAGGGGCGUUGGGAAGGGGGUUAUUGGGAGCCCUGGCCGAGGGUCACGGAGGAUCGUGUGGAGGUCGGGAUGUUUUUGCCCUUAGACUGGCCUGCGACGUGACUAACCGGACCAUGUGACCUUGGGAAGUUGACAGAGUCCUGUGAGCUUUUGUCAGUGAACUGAAGAUAAGAAAACACCCUCUUUGCCAAGUUAUUGUGAGGCUCUGUGAGGACCUGUGUGAAGUCCCUUACCCCCUGUUCCUGGCUUUCAAUUGCUGCUGUAUUUUACUGGACCGUCUCCAGAGCUGGGGCUCAGUUCCAGCUUCCCCACCUGUUGCCAGAUGUGGGAUGCAGAGGCAUUUGCAGCUGUUUCUACACCUGGCUUCUUUGUCUAUCCCACAAAGAACCUUUGUCCACCUCUACCUUUCCCACAGCCCUGUGUACCAAGCAGCCUCUGCCUUAUCUUACAGGAUCCAGGGAGUCGCCCACUGAUGGUUUUUACCCAGGCCCGAAACAGCCAGCACCAGAGAGCCACCUGAACAGAAGUGCCUGCCAAAGCAAUUUUCCAAGUGCUCAAAAGGCGGGCUUUGCAGCUCCUGUGGUCAGCCCAGGAGGCCACCAGCGGGAUUUGAGGAUCAGCUCCACCUCGGACCAUGCAGGGCCAGAGCCUGCCCCUUCGUGUAGCCACCCUGCUGACGGGGCUGCUGGAAUGCCUCGGCUUUGCGGGCGUCCUCUUCGGCUGGGCAUCCCUGGUGUUUGUCUUCAAAACAGAACAUUACUUUGAGGAGCUGUGUGAACCGAAUGCCAGGCUGAUGGGCAAUGCCACGGGGCUGGAUGCCCAGGACGAGCGCUUCUCACUCAUCUUCACCCUGGCAUCCUUCAUGAACAACUUCAUGACGUUCCCCGCUGGCUACAUCUUUGACCGUUUCAAGACUACCGUGGCCCGCCUCAUAGCCAUAUUUCUCUACACCAGUGCCACGCUUACGAUAGCCUUCAUCUCUGCAGACUCAGCUGUGCUGCUCUUCCUGGCCAUGCCCAUGCUCACCGUAGGAGGAAUCCUGUUUCUGAUCACCAACCUGCAGAUCGGGAACCUAUUUGGCAAACACCGUUCAACCAUCAUCACCAUGUACAACGGAGCAUUUGACUCUUCCUCGGCAGUCUUCCUUAUCAUUAAGCUCCUUUAUGAACAGGGCAUCAGUCUCAGGGCCUCCUUCAUCUUCAUCUCUGUCUGCAGUGCCUGGCAUGUUGGGCGUACUUUCCUUCUGAUGCCCAGGGGACACAUCCCCUACCCACUGCCCCCCAACUACAGCUAUGGCCUGUGCUCUGGGGAUGGCCCCAGAGAGGAAGAGAAGAAAACGGCUGAGUCCCAAAAGCUGGAGCUUUCAGAGAAGUUCCUUUCACCCAAGGAAGAGAUCCCGAGACCAGGGCAGCAGCAGCAGGAAGCCCGCUCUCUCUGGAGCUACGCCUUCUCUCGGCGCUUUGCCUGGCACCUGGUGUGGCUGUCUGUAAUACAGCUGUGGCACUACCUCUUCAUCGGCACCCUCAACUCUCUGCUGAGCAACUUGGCCAGUGGGGACAGGGUGCUAGUCAGCACGUACACAAAUGCCUUUGCCAUCACUCAGUUCUUUGGAGUGCUGUGUGCCCCCUGGAAUGGACUGCUCAUGGAUCGGCUGAAAUGCAAGUACCAGGAGGAAGCAAGAAGGACAGGUUCCUCGGCCUCGGCGGCGGCCCUGCGCUCAACAGUGCCUUCGCUGGUCCUGACGUCUGUGCUGUGCCUGGGCUUCGCCCUCUGCGCCUCCAUCCCUGUCCUCCCCCUGCAGUACGCCACCUUCACCCUGCAAGUGAUCAACCGCUCCUUCCUCUACGGGGGCAAUGCUGCCUUCCUCACCCUCGCGUUCCCUUCAGAGCACUUUGGGAAGCUUUUUGGGCUAGUGAUGGCCUUGUCAGCUGUCGUGUCUCUGCUCCAGUUCCCAAUCUUCACCCUCAUCAAAGGUCCCCUCCAGAGUGACCCGUUCUACGACUUUGCACCCUACCUGGCACAGAAUGGAGGUUCAAGAAAUACUGAAUGUAAGAGAGAGACAGGGACUUCCCUGUUGGUACAGUGGUUAAAAUCCACCUGCCAGUGCAGGGGACACGGAUUUGAUCCCUGGUCCGGGAAAAUCCCACAUGCUGUGGAGCAACUAAGCCCGUGCGCCACAACUACUGAGCCUGCGCUCUAGAGCCCGUGGGCCACAACUACUGAGCCCCCGUGCUGCAACUACUGAAGCCCAUGCGCCUAGAGCCUGUGCUCCCCAACAAGAGAAGACACCACAAUGAGACGCCCACGCACCGCAACAAAGAGCAGCCUCAACUAGAGAAAGCCCACGCGCAGCAACGAAGACCCAACACAGCCAAAAAUUUUUUAAAAAAGAAAAGAGAGACAGAAAGAGAUAGAGACAAAUGCAGAGAGAUAGAAGGAAGGAAGGAAAGAUGGGAGGGAGGGAGGAAGGGGAGAGGAAAGGGAGAGAAGAGAAGGGAAGGAAAGAGGGAAGGAAUAAAUGAAUGUUUGAAGGAAGGAAGGAGCCUCUUUAACCUUCCACCACCCUGAGAUUUCCAUUCCCCACCCGCAAGGACUUGUCUGUGGAAACCUCAGGGUGACUUGAGCCAGGGGGCUCUGGAGAAGUUUGGGGUAUUUCUGGGAGUAUCAUGUUGGGGGAGGUGAUAAAAUAAAAUUUAUAUUUUAUGACAAGAAAGAUUUAAACAUAAAAAUUUUCUCAGCCCGUUUGGGCCUCCUCCCUCUCCUAAUGAAGAUGUGUGCCGUGCGUCUGCAUUAAUCAGACCUCCGUAGGAGAUAACCUUCCUUCUUAAUCUUGUAAGGGGUCACAAUGACCCACGACCCACUACUCACUGUACAUGUAGAUUUGGAUUGUGUAAACUGUCAAUAAUACGUCAUUUGACAUAUAACCCUUUGUCUCAAAAACUGAUAUCAUUGCUUUGAUCCCUAACAGGUGGAACAGUCCUCAGAACUUUCCGAAAGACUGUCUCCUGGGUUAUAACCCUCAGGUUGGCUCGAAUAAAAUUUUCCAUUUCUGGGACUUCCCUGGUGUCCCGGUGGCUAAGACUCCACGCUCCCAAUGCAGGGGGCUUGGGUUCGAUCCCUGGUCAGGGAACUAGAUCCCACAUGCCACAACUAAGAGUUCGCAUGCUGCAACUAAGAAAAAGAUCCCGCAUGCUGCAACUAAAAAGAUCCCGCGUGCCAUAACUAAGACCCAAUGCAGUCAAAUAAAUAAAUAUAAAAAAAUAAAAAUUUAUAUUUUUUUCUUAGAUUGACUAUUGAUUAAUUUCUUUGUCAACAAGGGGACGGAAGGAUGCAUCCAUCCUUAGCAUCAGAAUGCUGUCCCUCCACAGCUGGUCAAGAGAGAGGUCUAUCUGGGGGGAAGACCCUGAGGUACGCAAAGCCCCCCCCACCGCAGGACCCCUCAGUCAUCCCCAGGAGUCUUUCUGGGGCCUGACAGAAGCUGCUUCAGGGUUGCUGUGUGUGUCCAGCCUGGCGCUAGACCAGCAAACGUGAAAGCCCAUUACGCCAAUCACCGUGACCAACUGCCUUUCCCACUCAUUACCCAAUCAGUGAGUCAGCUUGCAUCCAUAGACCCUCACCGCACGGGCACAAACUCCCCUGCCGUUUCUGUGAGACCCCAGUUCUGAGCUCUUCCCACCAACUGAACCUCCAUCAUGGCUCUGAGCUUCCAGCUGGGAGAGCAGAGCUAUAUUUCCAGGUGCUCAGGACCUGGCUCCUCUUGGUGGUGUCUGUGACUGGUCCCACGCAGUGUUGAGUACAUCGAAGAUGCUCAGAAAAUAUCUGCUUGUUAGAAUUCUUUUUUUUUUAAAUAAAAUUUUAAAUUUAUUUUUGGCUGUGUUGGGUCUUCGUUUCUGUGCGAGGGCUUUCUCUAGUUGUGGCGAGCAGGGGCCACCCUUCAUCGCGGUGCGCGGGCCUCUCACUGUCGCGGCCUCUUGUUGCGGAGCACAGUCUCCAGACGCGCAGGCUCAGUAGUUGUGGCUCACGGACCCAGUUGCUCCGCGGCAUGUGGGAUCUUCCCGGACCAGGGCUCGAACCCGUGUCCCCUGCAUUGGCAGGCAGAUUCUCAACCACUGCGCCACCAGGGAAGCCCCUAGAAUUCUUUUUUUCAAGUUCCGUCAUUUGCCAGUACAUGGAAUUUGGACCAUCACUUAACCUUUCUGAGCCUUGCUUUCUCUAUUUCUAAAAUGGGGAGAAUAGGACGGUUUGUUCAGAACCUACCAUGUGUCAGAUUAGAUUAUUGUACAACCACCUUCUCAGUGAGUCCUCCCCAAGCCCUGUGAGGUUCUCAUCCUUAACUUGCAGAUGGGCAGACAGAGAAUGGGAGAUGAGGCACCUACCUACCUGGCAGGCAGCUUCACCAUCCUGAGUAUCAGUCUUUUUGUCUAUAAUUUACAGAUGACAGUGGUACUUGUCUGAUACAGUUGUUUAGAAGAUUAAAUGAUACGGAACACUCAAAACACUUAGCACAUAGAAAGUGCUUCUUAGGACUUUCCUGGCGGUCCAGUGGUUAAGCUGCGCUUCCACUGCAGGGGGGGCAGGUUCCAUCCCUUGUCAGGGAACUAAGAUCCCACAUGCCACGCAGUGUGGCCAAAAAUAUUUAAAAAAUAAAAGAAAGUGCUUCUUAAAUGUUAGAUGCCGCUGUUGUUAUUGUUAUUAAAAUUCCUGCUUAAGAUCUCAUUUCAGGGAGCAUCUGCUCAACUCAUCUUAAACAAAAAUUACUUUUCAUCAUUCAUUCGCUUAUUCAGCAAACAUGAAUUGAGCCUUUGGCAUGUUUCCAGGACACUGCAGGUACCAGAGAUACACAGGUGAGAAAGGCAACGCUGCCAGUCUUCUGGGGAGACAGCAAGAAGACAGCUGCCGUGAGAUGGGAUAGGGGCGGGGCUAGAGUUAAGCCCCAUGAGGUUCCUUUCUACUUCUCUCUGGGAGAAUCAGGGCAGGCUUCCUGGAAGAGUGGAUCUUUGCCUGAGACUUAGUAGAAGAGGAGGGCUAGCACAGUGGUUAGAGAGGAAAGGGCUUUCUGGGCAGAUGAAAUGGUAUCUGAGAGCUCACAGAACAUUAGGGAAAUAGCAGGGUGUUCAGUAUGAUUGGAGCAGAGUGGAGUGUGUGUGUGUGUGUGUGUGUGUGUGUGUGUGUGUGUGUGUGUGUGUUUGGAGAGUUGAGGUUGUAGACCAGUGGCUCUCAACUAGGGGGCAAGUCUGCCCCCAAGGGGACAUUUGGCAAUAUCUGGAGACAUUUUGGAUGGUUGCAACUUGGGGGGAAGGUACUACUGGCAUCUAGAGGGUGAGGACAUUGCUGCUAAACACCCAACACUGCGCAGGACAUCCCCCUGCAACAAAGAAGUAUCCAGUUCCAAAUGUCAAUAGUGCUGAAGUUGAGGUAAGGAGGGGCCAGAUCAGGAAGAAAGUAUUUGCCCAAGAGCAAGAAGAAAUAAUUGAAAAGUGCUUGUGUGAUGAGCUUGGGGUUUUAGGAGCUCAUUUUGGCAGCAGACAAUGUAUCAGAGACGUGGGGGUGAGGGGUGGACUUUCCUGGUGGCGCAGUGGUUAAGAACCUGCCUGCCAAUGCAGGGGACACGGGUUCGAGCCCUGGUCCGGGAAGAUCCCACAUGCCGCGGAGCAACUAAGCCCGUGUGCCACAACUACUGAGCCUGCGCCCUAGAGCCCGUGAGCCACAACUACUGAGCCCAUGUGCCACAAGUACUGAAGCCUGCGUGCCUAGAGCCCAUGCUCUGCAACAAGAGAAGCCACCGCAAUGAGAAGGCUGCGCACCGCGAUGAAGG